AUGUGUAUCACCUCCCUGCGGUUGUUUCAAACAAACAUGGAGGAGAAAGAGAGGGAUAAGAAACCUGACAACUCAGAUAGAAAUAAAAACCCAGAUAAAAAUAAAAAAGGCUCCACUUCCAGCUCAAGUGUUUCGGCAGUAUCACAAGAUGACGAGGCUUCUAAAUUAGACGUAUGUUCUGAAAAGUUCGACCCACGUUUGGCACUAUACGCGCCCGUGGUUCCGCUCCCUUUUCCAAACAUUAAAUGUUUUAACAACGUCGCCGAAUACGAAGGCUUCAUAAAGGGGGGCCGGGGUAGAGCCAAGCCGGAGAAUGUGGAGAAAAAGCGUCGGGAAGCCAUGAAAGGGGUCGCAGAUCCAGAGCGCAUCGAAAGGCUCAAGAAGCUGAUGGUGAACAAGAAGUUGGCGGAUGAAGGAGACGAGGGAGGAAGCAGCAAUCCCACACCACAGCGACGGCGACACAAGCCCAUAAAAAAUGUUCUGACUAGGAUGACAGUAUGCCAAGGCAGCCCUUUGGGCGAGCUGCACAGAUGUGUUGAGCAGCGAAUAAGAGUCAAAGUUCACAUCAGGACCUUCAAAGGUCUGCGGGGUGUGUGCUCCGGCUUCGUCGUGGCUUUUGACAAGUUCUGGAAUUUGGCCAUGGUUGACGUCGAUGAAACAUACCGAGAGCCUCUUCUCGGAAAGGCUUUGUACCAUGAGAAAGCGCUCACCAUUUCAAGGCUCUUUGAGAAGCUGAAGCUUCAGGACAACUCCUGCAGUGAAGGUGCAGCAACAAAGCAUCACGUCCAGGGAGAAAGAAGCCAGCAUCCACUUUUGAACCCGAAGGACUCUUCAAAGCACUCGUCUGCUCACUUUGCCAAGUGGAGAGGUAAUGACGAGAUAUCAGAGACGCCCAAGGAUCCAAAAGCGAGUCAGGAAAAGGAAUGCAAAGUGUACGGCAAGGUUCGUACUCGCCACAUCAACCAAUUAUUUAUCCGGGGGGAGAAUGUUCUCCUUAUAAACCCUGAAAGUUUAUGAUGCUCGUUUUGUUUCACUUCAUCUAAAGUUGUGUGUCGUCAUCUGCAUUACUACAUGUUGAAUGCAGUUCAACGGACUGCCAGAGAUUUCUGGUUCUAUUUGGGAAUAGCAACCCAGAGUCGGAUCAUACGUUAUAUCAUGUUGAUAUGUGAACUCUUGAAUUGUGUUCCACACCUUGUGGUUGAGGAAUUUAAGCCUUUUGCCUCAUAGGGUAGUUGUUUCCCUGAUUUAUGUCACGCCGUCUUCCACACCAGAAGUCAGGAAUAUGCAGGACGCUGCCAAGGAUGAACAACCCAGUGUCAUCAUGUAUAUGGCGGAAAACACUCAGGUGACUUGAAGUUCUGCUCUGAGACCCCCAAUAUGACCAAAUUUCAAAAUAGUCCAAUACAUCACUGGAAAGCUUAAAAUCUCUAUUUUCUAAGGGAAGAACAUUUUUGAACAGGAGGGUAUUUUUAAAAAACAAAACAAAUUUUAAACAGCAAAACCCUAACUGGAGGCGAGAGCAGAAUUAAAGACGCCACGAUUUUAACGAGAUAUUAUCGCGUACUUACCUUGUUUUGAUCCAAAAACUCAAUUUAGCAUGUAUCACUGAGUGUCAAGAUACAACUGUGAAAGGCCACUGCUGGAUUUUUUGGGGGGAUUUUAUAGGUGAAACAAGGUAAUAUAACAAGGAUCGCGAUGCAGAAAUUGCAGACAUCAAGGAGUGGUCGAGAUGUUCUUUUUCAUAUAUUUACACUUUUAAACGUUUUUUUUUUUUUUUUUUUUUUUUCAGUAUUUCUUUGUUUGGAUUGAUUAUUUAUCAUCUAACAUAUCAGAGAAAAUGCGACAGUAACAAAAAAAAAUACAAUUAAGUGAUAAUUAUGAGGUAGAUAUCGGUGACCUUUUUUUUAUUGUCAUAUAAUUUGUUUAAAAGUUUAAAAUAUGCAAGUGAAUAAUUCUCUAAAUUAGUUAUUUUUUUAAACCAAAUAUUAGACAUCAAUUAAUGAUUCUAAGCUAAAAAUGACAGACAUUUCGUAUAAUAAAUAUAAUUGCUGAGCUUUUUAUGUCUGGGUUGAAACAAAAGCAGUUGCACGACGUCUAAACGGGGGUUUCCAGGGUAAAAUGGACAAAUUAAAAAUAGUUCGAGGGCUUAAUGCGCCAUGAAUCUGCUAUGGCAGCAUAUAGACAUAUUCUAUCAAACACAACAGUUCUUUUGGCUUAAAAUACAACAGUAUAUUUUAAAGAGGGGUGCAAGAGCAGAAACUGAUUUUCCAGUCUUGUCUAUGUUUUCCACCAUAUGCAUGUGCCACACAAUACCCUGCUAAGAAUUCCAUCAUAUGCUGGUUUCUGUACCAGCAAGAAUGCAAAGUUCUGCUGGAUUUGUUUUCUUUUGGUACUGGGUCACAUCGAUUAAAGUUCUCCGUCGUAGUGAUGGUAAUCUGUCAGCACGGGGUGCUUGUGGGUGGUAGUGCAUGAGGAAAUAAAGGCCUAUGAUUAGGGGGCUGCUUAUAUGGUGACACUCUGAGAAUACGACACAUUUCAUGUUUAUAUUUACAUGGUUCCCUCUUAUUUCCUUUUCCAUUUGAACAAUGUCGCAAUUCCGCGUGAAAACGAUGUAGUCUUCAUGCCAGGCCCUAGGGGGCAAUGCAGUUUUACAAGGCGACAGCCAAUGAUGCACUUCCUUGACGACAACAUCCUCAGCCCGGAAGACAACAUACAGUGGGGCAAAUAAGUAUUUAGUCAACCACUGAUUGUGCAAGUUCUCCCACUUGAAAAUAUUAGAGAGGCCUGUAAUUGUCAACAUGGGUAAACCUCAACCAUGAGGGACAAUGUGGAAAAAAAAAUCGCAUUGUUUGAUUUUUAAAGAAUUUAUUUGCAAAUCAUGGUGGAAAACAAGUAUUUGGUCAAAACCAAAAGUUCAUCUCAAUACUUUGUUAUGUGCCCUUUGUUGGCAAUAACGGUGGCCAAACGUUUUCUGUAACUCUUCACAAGCUUUUCAUACACUGUUGCUGGUAUUUUGGCCCAUUCGUCCAUGCAGAUCUCCUCCAGCGCAGUGAUGUUUUGGGGCUGUCGUUGGGCAACACGGACUUUCAACUCCCUCCACAGAUUCUCUAUGGGGUUGAGAUCUGGAGACUGGCUAGUCCACUCCAGGGCCUUGAAAUGCUUCUUACGAAGCCACUCUUUUGUUGCCCUGGCUGUUUGUUUGGGAUCAUUGUCAUGCUGAAAGACCCAGACACGUCUCAUCUUCCAUACCCUUGCUGAUGGAAGGAGAUUUUCACUCAAAAUCUUUCUCUCUCCUUUAGACAGAUCAGUCGUCCUGUUCCCUUUGCAGAAAAACAGCCCCAAAGCACGAUGUUUCCACCUCCAUGCUUCACAGUGGGUAUGGUGUUCUUCGGAUGCAAUUCAGUAUUCUUUCUCCUUCAAACACGAGAACCUGUUUCUCUACCAAAAAGUUCUAUUUUGGUUUCAUCUGACCAUAACACAUUCUCCCAGUCCUCUUCUGGAUCAUCCAAAUGCUCUCUAGCGAACCGCAGACGGGCUUGGACGUGUACUUCCUUCAGCAGGGGGACACAUCUGGCAGUGCAGCAUUUGAGUCCCUGGCGGCGCAUUGUGUUACUGAUAGUAGCCUUUGUUACUGUGGUCCCAGCUCUCUGUCGGUCAUUCACUAGGUCCUCCCCGUGUGGUUCUGGGAUUUUUGCUCACCGUUCUUGUUCUCAUUUUGACGCCACGGGGUGAGAUCUUGCAUGGAGCCCCAGAUUGAGGGAGAUUAUCAGUGGUCUUGUAUGUCUUCCAUUUUCUAAUAAUUUACACCAAGCGUUUUACCUAUAGACCCUACUCACAUGACGUCACAACCACGCCUCCGCGCCAUAUUGUCCGUCAACUCGUCGUGUUGAUACAUUACCACUACGUAAAUUCCUCCUAUUAUGGCGUGUUUUUCUGCUCGUUAACAUUAAUAAUCAAAAUGGUGAAGGCGUGUGUGGCGGUUGGUUGCAAUAACAGAGAAGAUAGACGGAGAGACUUGAAGUUCUACCGUAUUCCGAGAGACCCGGAGAGGAGAGCGAGAUGGACUGCUGCAAUUUGACGAGAAAACUGGGCUCCAAACGAUUACCACAGAUUAUGUAGUAGUCAUUUUAUAUCUGGUAAGAUGCAUUUAAUAUAUAUUUAGAGGGUUUUGGGCUGACAACCACAAUUAAGAUCAUUGCGAGGCUAAUCGCAGACAACAUACAGUUUCAAAUUCAAGAUGCUUAUUUCUUCCACCAUCAUUACAUUUUGAAUAAUAUUUAGCUGGUACCAAGUGAAAGAAGCUGGCCUCGUCUACGGAUCAUCAGUUAAACAGGUGUGUCCAAACCUUUUGCAAAGGGGGCCAGAUUUGGUGUGGUAAAAAUGCGGGGGGCUACCUUGGCUGAUUUACAUAGAACAAUAUAUUUAAACAAAUUUUAGCAAGCCCUUCUGUGUGUCACAUUUGCGUUAUUAUUUUUUUUAAUUCAUAAUUUCAACAGUCUCAUCUUUGUGGCGUCCUCUUUCGACACUCGGGCUCUUGCAAAAUACUGCUGCUGUGAAAUUAAACUAGCUUCAAGUUGCUAUAAUUUCUCGCUGCGUAUCGAAUGAGGCAGACACAGUUGUUGCGUGUUUUAUUGAAGAAAUAGUCCAAUAUCCACCUAUCCUUGAAGCGUCGGCCAUCGCAGUCAACUUUUUUUUUUUAUUGAUUGUCGCCAUUUUAGAAAAUUGGAAGUAAAGGGUCACACGGGGUAAUGUUGCUUAGAGUGCUGCUCUUAAAGUUUUUCAAACUUUCGUGAGAAUAGGCUGAUUUUGUGUGGACAAGAUAGUUGUAGAUAUCAGGGUAGCAGAUGUCAGGCAGAGAGGGCGAAGACAGCAGGUCGAAAAAUACCAAUUUAGGCAUCAAAUAUGGAUCUGGCGAAUGGAUACAGUGAAGCUUUUCCAUAUAACGCCUUUUAUGCAACGCAUUUAAUGAGUUUACAGCGUCUGAAAGAACCGGGGCUUCCAUGAAUUGCACUUUAAAUUGCACGACAAAUUGAAACCAUUGAGAAUACGGAUAAACAAUGAUGGACAAUAUGGCGACACGUCAUUCUGUGACGUUGGUGAGUAGGGUCUAUUGCAGAUUCAGUCUUCCCAGCCUGGUGCAGGUCUACAAUUUUGUCUCUGGCGACCUUCGACAGCUCUUUGCUCUUUGCUCUUGGCCAUAGUGGAGUUUGGAGUGUGACUGACUGAGUUGUGGACAGGUGUCUUUUAUACCGAUAAUGAGUUAAAACAGGUGUUAUUAAUACAGGUAACGAGUGGAGCCUUGUUAGACCUCAUUAGAAGUUAGACCUCUUUGGCAGCCAGAAAUCUUGCAUGUUUGUAGGUGACCAAAUACUUAUUUUCCACUCUAAUUUGGAAAUAAAUUCUUUAAAAAAAUCAAACAAUGUGAUUUUCUGUUUUUUUUUUUUUUUUUUUUCACAUUCUGUCUCUCAUGGUUGAGGUUUACCCAUGUUGACAAUUACUGGCCUCUCUAAUCUUUUCAAGUAGAACUUGCACAAUUGGUGGUUGACUUAAUACGUAUUUGCCCCACUGUACCUGCCUGCUCGAAGCAAUGGCCUCCACACGUUUUUUUUUUUGUGCUUGAAAAAGUCACAAAAAUGCAAAUAUGAAAUAUAUUUAAAUUGAAAAUAUUAUAAAAACAGUAAAUGAAAGCUGACGUUCAACCAUGUUUGCUGUUUUGAAUGUUUAGGGGCAGCAACUGCGCAUGCCAAAAGUGAUGUGUCGUCAUCGCCGCGAGAGCGUUCCAUUCACAUGGUUGCGGAGCAAUCCCCGCAAUCACAUCGUUCUGCUUUGGCGGUCGGAAUCAAAAGUUUGCGUCUUUGCCUUUCGUUUUUGCCGUUUAAAGGCGAGGCCAUUCCGCAAUACAAUCGUUACGUCUUGGUGUCUAAGUACCUCGGUAAUAUAUUGCCCCGCCCAACCCCCCCCCCCCCCCCAAACUCGAUAAUGCUAAAAGAAUUUUUAGUCAAAGGAUUUUUUUUCAUUUUAAUCCAUGGGUCACAUCAUAAAGCUAUGUAAUUUUAUAUAUGGGGUGCUUUGCGUUGAUUUUGUGUCAGCUAAUGGUUGAAAAACAUUAACAAAUAAAUGUUGAUGAUGUGUCAUUUCAUGGUUGAAACACUAUAACUAAACGUUGAAUAAACUUCAAUAUUUGGCUGAAACAAAACUAAACAUUGCAAAGCAACCCCAAAAUGGAAUGUAAUAAUUUUUUAUUUACCUUUUAAACUACAACUACUACUAUUUCGUGACUACAUGAAGCACUUGGUGACUACAUGCAUCGGGAAUACUAUACACGUAUGCAAAGCGAUUCAAAAGUGUUAGGGAAAUUGUACAGUAUGUUAACUCAUUUUAUACUUUAUUUACAUUGUUCUGAUUUUAUAUUUUUAUACAUAGUAAUGUCACAUGAAACUGCUCCAAUGAUCUUCGUAUGCGGCACAGUUCUUGUACGGUACUUUUGAAUUGACUGUGUGUGACCACUCUAUGAUUAGACAGUGGCUGGAAGUCUGAGUUGAUGAAUUAUUAUUACAGUCUUACAGUCUUGUAAAUGUUAAUGAGAGUAUGCUGUAGAACUGCCCAAUCACAUGUGAAUGUAUUGUAUGUUAAUUUGCUCCUGCACUUAUUGAAUAAAGCAGAAGCGGCGAAUGGCAGUGUUCAGAGUUAGCUGAGCAUUUUGAGCUAAACAUCUGCUGACAGCUUCUCUCCAGAAAGACCAAUUAUGCCUCCCUGUCUGUGUUUCUUGCCAAUGUUUGGCUUGAUAAACCUAACAAAAAGCUAGAAAUUAAAACUUGUAUACACUGCUGGCCAAAGGUAUUGGCAACCCUGCAAAUCUGUCAGAUAAUGCUCAAUUUCUCACAGAAAAUGAUUGCAAUUACAAAUGCUUUGGUUGUAAUGACUUCAUUUAUUUUGCUUGCAAUGAAAAAAGAAUGGGGGGGAAAAAAUUAUCAUUUUACACAAAACUCAAAAAAUGGGCAAAAAAGUAUUGGCACCCUUUGAAAAAUCUUGUGUUGCUUCUCUAUGCUUCUAAUUUGUGUUAUUAACAGCACCUGUUACUUAACUGUGGCACAUAACAGGUGGUGGCUAUAACUAAAUCACACGUGCAGCCAGGUAAUAUGGAUUAAAGUUGACUCAACCUCUGCCCUGUGCCCUUGUUUGUACCAAAUUGAAUAUGGACAAAAGAAAGACGACCAAAGAACUGUCUGAGGACUUGAUAAGCAAAAUUGUGAGGAAUCAUGAGCAAUCUCAAGGCUACAAGUCCAUCUCCAAAGACCUGAAUGUUCCUGUGUGUACCGUGCGCAGUGUCAUCAAUGAAUGUAAAACCCACUGCACUGUGGCUAACCUCCCUAGAUGUGGACGGAAAAGAAAAAUUGACUAAAGAUUUAAACGAAAGAUUGUGCGGAUGGUGGUUAAAGAACCUCAACUAACAUCAAAACAAGUUCAAGCUGUCCUGCAGUCCGAGAGGACAACAGUGUCAACCCGUACUAUCGGUCGGUGUCUGAAUGAAAAGGGACUCUAUGGUAGGAUACCCAGGAAGACCCCACUACUAACCCAGAGACAUCAAAAAGCCAAGCUGGAGUUUGCCAAAACCUACCUGAGAAAGCCAAAAAGGUUUUGGAAGUAUGCUCUCCGGUCAGAUGAGACAAAAGAAGAGCUUUUUGGGGAAAAAGGCAUCAACAUAGAGUUUACAGGGAGAAAAAAAGAGACCUUCAAACAAAACACGGUCCCCACAGUCAAACAUGGCGAAGGUUCCCUGAUGUUUUGGGGUUGCUUUGUGGCAUUAUGAAGUCUGAAAACUACCAACAAGUUUUGCAGCAUAAUGUAGGGCCCAGUGUGAGAAAGCUGGGUCUCCGUCAGAGGUCAUGGGUUUUACAGCAGGACAAUGACCCAAAACACACUUCAAAAAGCACUAGAAAAUAGUUUGAGAGAAAGCACUGGAGACUUCUAAAGUGGCCAGCAAUGAGCCCAGACCUGAAUCCCAUAGAACACCUGCGGAGAGAUCUGAAAUUGGCAGUUUGGAGAAGGCACCGUUCAAAUCUGAGACCUGGAGCAGUUGGCCAAAGAAGAAUGGUGUAAAAUUCCAGCAGAGCCUUGUAAGAAUCUCAUUGAUAGAUACGGGAAGUGGUUGUUCGCAAUUAUUUUGUCUAAAGAUUGUGCUACCAAGUAUUAGGCUGAGGGUGCCAAUACUUUUGUCCGGCCCAUUUUUGGAGUUUUCUGUAAAAUGAUAAUGAUUUCAUUUUUUUCAUUCUCUUUUGUGUUUUUUCAUUGCAAGCAAAAUAAAUGAAGAUAUUACUUCCAAAGCUUUUGUAAUGGCAGUCAUUUUCUGGGAGAAAUUGAGCAUUAUCUGACAGAAUUGCAGGGGUGCCAAUACUUUUGGUGCAGGACUGUAGGUAUAUUUCAACUGCCCCGGGUCAUUUGUGUAUUGCCCCACAAAGUUUUGUUAAACUUAGUCUUAUGGAAUUAUUGCCUCAAAGAAAAGAUGUAACGAUGUAUUUUUUGUUUCCUUGCAUGACAAACAGGCAUUAAAAGA